AUGACACAAAUCGAGUCAUCAUCACCAGCUUCACAAUGUGCAGCGACAUCGCCGAUUCCUGUCGAAGAUCCGCCCGCUGAAACUCCCGAAUUAACAGCAGCACCUUGCGCAGGUUGCGUACAAUUGCACCACGAAAUCAAGCAGAACGUGCAACAAAUGAUGGAUAAAUUCGAUUUGAUGUAUAUGAGACUUGAGAGUUUUAUCAGUGAUAAAGAGAAGGAUCGCAUGUCAGAGAUUGGAAGUGAGGAAAAAGAUGCGCCAUCACCAUCAGGAAGUCGAAGCUCGCCAAAUCUGCAAAAUGGAACUGGAAAAGGUGGAGCCGGUUCGCGGAAGCGAAAACCAACCAAAGAAUCGAUUAAUCGUGUUGGCGCACUUCUUGAAGCCGCGCAGAAUUCGGAAAAUUUCUUGAAUGGAUUAUCAGAUGAGAAACGACAGAUCUCAACACCAGUCUCGGCUAGUUCACCAUUUCCAGAUUUUAACAAUUUUGCAAACGGAUUUAUGUGUGAGUUUUUUAGGUUUACAUCCUAGUCCCCCUGGAUUAUUUUUCACUGAUAUUUUUAUUUGUUUCCAGUCGAUCCAAUGGCUCACCAACAACAAAUGAUGAAUAUUCUGGCGAUGGUCCAACAACAACAAGGACCCGCUGAAAAUGCUGCUGGAACUCCAGCCAAACAAGUGAAACAGGAGAAAGAGGAAAUUAUCAUUAGACAACCGAAAAUCGAAAUUAGCGAAGAGCAACCAUCGCAAAGUAUUAUGGAACAAUUGACGGCGCAUUUGAAUGGGGUAAGAAUUGGGGUUCUAGAGUCAAGACCUUAAGUGUAAGGCCCUAAAUUUUUGAAUAAACCAAUAUAUCUUGGCUGAAUAAAUCUCACCUUAUAAUCUUUUAACACAGCCCGCCGCUCUCCCAAACAAAGAACAUUUUUUGUUCGCAAAAAAGUUUAUGUGACCCUCUAUUCUAACACAUUUAUCUUUUUUUUUGGAUAGAUGUUUCACCUGCCGCCGCCGCUUUUUUUGUUGUUAGUUUUGCGAAAUUUAUCGCGCGCAAAAAAGUUUUGGGUGAUAGGGAAAUUUGAAAGUUUUGGGGGUUUUAAAGGUGGAGUUCGAGAUAAAAAUUGCAUUUUUGCAUUUUCUCAAGCCAUUUUACACGGGUUUUCACUGUUUUCUUCACCUUUACGUAAUUUAAAAAAUCAUCCCAAAUGUUUUUUUUUCCAGAAACUCCAAGAAACCCAACAACCAACAUCAGCCACAGCCAACAUCAAAACAUCACCAUCGCAAGCUUCUGCCGCGCCAGCCACCACACCAUCCACCAACAAUUCAGCAGCCAACAAUGCCGCUUCGAAUAAUGAUGAAGAUGAGUUGAGUGCGUCGUUGUCGCGAUGCUCGAAUUGUAUGACGACCAAAACGACAGCUUGGCGACGCGAUUUGACGGGAAAAUUGGUGUGCAACGCGUGCGGAUUAUAUUAUCGAUUACAUCGGGUGAGCUUUUUUGAAAAUUUUUUGGGAGAAUCGGGGAUUUUUGGAUGAAAUGGUGGAUAAAUAAGGAUUUUCCGGUACAAAUUUAAAAUCAUAAAUUUUCAAAUCUCCAAAACAUAUAAUUUCUUGGCGCCUCAUACAUAUUUCAAAAAAGAUAAUUAUUAUUAGGCAGCAGCUGAUUGGUUUUUCUGCCUCGCUUUUUUUUCGAAAAAAAAAAGGUCGUUUCGACUAAUUAUCGAAUUGAAUAGGUUUUUUCGGGAGGUAAAAUAUGUAUGUUCAAGGUUUUUAACUACCUUAGCCUAGACAUCCAAAAAAUAGCCAUUAACAAAAACCUGGGCAGCUGAUAGAUAUAGGGCUCUCUAUUUGUGCACCUGUUCCCCCCAUCCAAAUCUACCGUAUUUAUAUCCGCUUCAAUGAUAAUUACUACCUCUUUUCCCCUUUUGUCAAGUCAAUCACAUACAGUACUCUCAUUCUCUUUUUGUCUGUAUAUAGAGAAAGAGAGAUAAUUAGUGUGGUCGGAGGCGGCGGUAAGAAGAAAAUGAUUACCCAUCGGGUGGAAAUGGAUGGAUGAUAUAUUGAAUUGUGAAAAGGGGAGCAAUUAGUGAAGAUGACUGAGUGACACCCGAAACAGAAGAAAAGGUAGAAAAGGAAAACAAUAUGAAUAAGAAAAGAAAAGAAAUUAUGAUGAAGAUGACGAUGAUGACUACCGACAGAUGAACAAUGUAAACACCUGCACCAGGUGGACGGGGGGAACUCUUAUGGAAAGGAAAAGAAAAGUGCAUGGAUAAAAGGGUCCCCCGGAAAUUGUCAGGGUUCAGAGAAUCUGGAGGCUGUCAGACAAGCCAGAGUUUUGAAUUUCAAAAAAAAAAUCAAAAGGGUUUUUAGGCGAUGUUACUUGAGAAGUAGGUUCUCUAGACACGGGUACUUGACAAUUAGAAUUUUAAGGCGCGCUUCCUUGCCAGUUUAAGUCUCUAGGAGACACUACUUGAAAUAUCAGCUGUAUAGACGCGAGUCCUAUACGAUUUAGGUUUCUAGGCGUUGCUCCUUGACUUCAAGAAUUUCUAGGCUUGCCUGCUUGACAUGGAAGCUUUUAAGGCUCUGAUCCUUGUCAGGGUCGAUUUGAGGCCGCGGGCCCUAGAUUAGCAAAACCUUUAAAAAAUUUGAAUUUUGAUUUUCCAAAAUUAAAAAAAAUUGUAUCUCCCACCAGACUUCUGAACUUUUCCACACUCCCAGCCCAAGUUACUACUGUACUCUACCUCCUUUCAUUGUUGAUUGACCUCAAUUAUUGUUAUUUUUCUUCGAUGUUAAUAACAACACCGAUAAUUGAACCUAAGAUCGAACCGAACAUGAUGAUCACUCCGGCCGCCCGCCUUGACUCAAAGUUCUUUUUCCCACUAAUUACCGAAAUACAAAAGGUGGUACAACCUUGAGGCGAAUCGUGCUAAUUUACUUUUGAUGCACUUUUGCAAUAUGAUUCGAUGCGGUCAUUUUCUUUUCUUCCAAGAUACUGUAGAUAUUAUAUAUACCGACGGAACAAUAGAAUAGGUUAGGUUAGGUUAGAAAAUAAAACGCAAAGAUAAUUAGAGGGACGGUGUUUUGCAAUUUGAGACGAAGAAGAAGAAGACAGUGUUUUGGAAACGUUCUAUUAUAUAACAACAGAGGGUUCCGCAGGCAGCGGAUAUUGAACUCGACACCUUGCACUUGACAGUGUCUACUGUUGCCACUGUGCCAUUUAACCACUUUAUAUCCACAAAACCAUGAUUUUUAUCGUUUGUCUGUUUGACACGGUUGUUUAGCAGCUGUCUUUGUGACAUCCAAUGACCUCAUAUUCACAAGAUGACAACUAAGAUAAGCGAGGUAGUAGUUACAAGAAAAAGGAAGGAAAGAGAUGAGUAGAACGAACCAAUUAUAGUAGUAUUAGUUGAAGAGGGUGUUAUUAACGAUAUGAUGAUUGACUAGGGGCCGGUUUUGGGGAGGGCACGCGUGCGCACGCGGAUUAUAAGAUACGGUAGAUAAUUGGGCAGGUGAAGAAAAGGAAAAUGAUGAUGAUGAUGAUGAAGAAGAAAAAAUGUUUGGUUGACGACCAAAAAAUUGAGGAUUGAUGGGGAUUUCUAGGCAUAAAAAUCUGAAAAUUAGGGCACAAAACUCUCAGCUAAAUUUUGACCUGAAAACCGUAAAUUUUUAGGUUAAAUUUGGUUCUAAAUAUCCCCAAAUUUACUCAAAUUUGAGCUGAAACAUCUUAAAAUUGUUUUAUUCAAAAAGCUUCAAAACUAUAAAAUCUUCUCACUAAAAAAAUUCCUACCAAUUUUUCAAAUUCAAUUUUUUUGCAGACUCAUCGACCUGUUCAUAUGCGCAAAGAUUUCAUUCAACAAAGAUUCCGCCGAAAAAUCAAAGAAGAUGAUGUAAGUCACCCAUAUUUUCCAUAUGACUUUCCCUAACUUCUCAAUAUUUUGCAGGUAUCAAAUCAAAACGCAGUGUUCAGUCAACUUCUAGCCAUGUCUCCAAUGACAUCUGGAAAUGGCUCAAAUACACCAAACGCCUUCUCAUUUUUGGAGCAAUUCAAUCAACUCAAUCAAGUUCAGGAGCAAUUGAAUAGCAGUGCACCCGUCUAA